AUGAGAAUCAGAAUUCGAGAGCAGCUUUCUAUGCUCGUGGCCGUAACAGCGCUCGUCGCAGUGGGUGUUCUGGCUAUUGUCACUUGGGUUCACAACUACAGACUUGUACUUGAUGUCCGCUCAUCGCGGUUCUCGCUUACAGCCAGCUUAAAGGCAAUACAGGUCGCUCAGAGUCUCACACUUUUGCACAACACCGUGUACGCCAUCAGCACCCGUGCGAUCCUCCAGAGUGCCCUAAGACGAUACCAGCAAGGAAACAACACUUAUGAGAACUGGUCCCGUACGCUCGAGGACCUCCAGAACAGUGCAUCAGCCUCCACUGGCGGGUUCGGCGAGGUACUUCAAGUGGUAGUGUUCGACGAGAACCUUGGGAACGGAAUACCUGGUGUUUCAAAUGGCACCAUAACCGACGAUGGCACGGUUGUGGGCGGAGGAAAUUAUACUGGGAUAACAAAGAACGGGACAAGGCUCAACUAUGGGUUUGGACUUGGAAGUAGGAUCGGGUUAUUGAACGCGACUGGUGAUAACGCGGCGGGGAUUAUACUGCCGCCCACGGAAGAUAACGCCGGAGGCGGUCCCAUGUUGAUGAAUAUGUCUGUGGAGCAGCUGGCUGAGGUGCAGUAUAAUGCUAUGCAUGGCCUACCGUAUCAUGAUGGGUAUCCCAAUGCGUUGUAUCCGUUCGCGGACAGGCGUUCAAUGACAACUCCGGCGAACUACUUUACGCCAAAGUAUAUUUACGACAGGAAGGGCCUGGUACUGGGGCCCAUGAUGGUUAACGAAUCGUUCUUUAUGUUGUCGUUUACGAUUCCGAUCAUUAACAACACGAGUGCAUCGACGCUGCUGGGGUUCAUCACGGUGGUGGUUAAUGCAAAGGUGGUCCUCGAUAUCAUCACGGAUACUCGUGGUCUUGGUGGAACAGGACAGACGGUUCUGGUUGGACCGGCAACGGCUUCGAAUAUAUGGGAGGAUCCGCUGCUUGCGAACAGGGUGGACCAAUCUGCGGGAAAAGAGGCAAGUGGAGGGUCUAGGAGCAUGAUGAAGAGGUCUCACAGUGCCGUGGCUGCAAUGGCUGGACUUGUUGGAAGAAGUUUGGGACUGGAGAAGAGGGAUGAUACCGCCGUUGGAGAUUACGAGUUCCGGUAUCUGCUUCCGCCAGGAAGAGAUAAAUCCUUGGUGGGUCAGGUGAGACAACUGAAGCAGUAUACUGCUGUACGGACGGUGUUUGAGCACGGUGUUGGUGGGAUAAAUGGUGCAGGAGAUGAUGGUGACGGCGGCUCAAGUGACCUGGAUACCCAUAAUUCAGAAGGGAGGCAUGUUAGUGUUGGCUACGCCAUCAUUGAAGUGGUCAGGAAUCUUACGGACUGGGCGCUACUGAUAGAACAGGACAAGAGUGAAGCCUUUCAACCCAUAAACAAGUUGCGAAACAUCUUGAUUGCCACAGUUUUUGGCACAUUUGCUGUUGUGAUUAUCCUGGUGUGCCCAAUUGCCCAUUUCGCGGUUAAGCCAAUCACUCGACUGAAGAGAGCCACCGAAAAAAGUAUGCGUCCUCCCUCCUAUACCCCCACUGGAAGCCAAUCAUCUCAAACCGCUGUAGAUCAUGACGCUGCUGUUCAAGAUGAUGAAGAACGUGGCCGUAACCGCUUUUAUGGAAUGGGUGAAUACCUACGCCAACGAACCAUCCGCCGAGACAGCUCUCAGAGCGGUGACACCAGCGGCGGCGACGGUAGCGAGGAAAUACGACGACGUGCCUUCAGGAUUCCUGGAAAAGUCCGUGAACGACGUCACAUCAUCCAUGAUGAGUUGACAGAUCUAACCCGCACAUUCAAUGAAAUGUCGGAGGAGCUCGUACGGCAGUACGAGAAUCUUGAAGAACGCGUCAUUGAGAGAACAAAAGAGUUGGAGGAGCAAAAGAAGGUUGCGGAGGCUGCUAACCAGGCGAAGUCUCUAUUUGUGGCUAACAUUACGCAUGAGCUCCGAACACCGCUAAAUGGAAUCCUGGGAAUGUGUGCAGUCUGUAUGCAGGAAGAGGAGAUCCCGAAAAUCAAGCGGUCGUUGGGGAUCGUGUACAAGUCUGGAGAGUUACUAUUGCAUCUUCUAACAGACUUGUUGACCUUCUCCCGGAACCAGGUCGGUCAUAUGGCGAUUAGUUUGGACGAGAAAGAGUUCAAGAUGACAGACAUCACUGCUCAGAUCAUGGCAAUCUUCGAGAACCAAGCCAAGGAAUCUGGGAUUGCCUUGGGCAUCAGUAUCAGUCCUGAGAAAAAGGUCAAGGAGAUGGUGUUUUGGGGUGAUUCAAACCGUAUACUGCAGGUCUUAAUUAAUCUUGUUAGCAACAGUCUCAAGUUUACACCUGAAAAUGGCGCGAUACAAAUCAGGAUGAACCUCCUCCAAGAGAUUAUCCCGGUCCCCGUACUAGAUGUUCCUCUUCGUCGCGGUUCUUCCCGAAAUGGCUCCAAAAAUAAUCACCGUGGGAUGCAGCGUCUCGGAUCAGUUGCCACCUCGCCCCCUACGCCUAUAAUCAAUAUCAGCACCCAAGAUACAUCUUCGCAGGGCAUCUCAUCCGCUGCAGAACAUCGUGCAAUACUCACGGAAAAGCUUCAAGAACAAAUCAACCACCCAUCCCGCCCAACUUCCCCACCACCUGGUGCUAAAACCUACAUGUUCGAGUUCCAAGUCGAAGAUACAGGCCCUGGAAUCCCUGAACAUCUACAACAGAAGGUGUUUGAGCCAUUCGUCCAGGGUGAUUUGAGGUUAAGCAAGAAACAUGGUGGGACGGGAUUGGGUCUAAGUAUCUGUCUUCAGCUUACGAAACUGAUGCAGGGAACAAUCGAGUUGAAGAGUUUGGAGAAGGCUGGGACAACGUUCACGAUGCGAAUCCCCCUUAAGUACGUCAAAGAGGUCACGCCAAGCCUUUUGAGUGAAAAGGACCGGGCAAACCUGAGCCGGACGAACAGCAUCAAUGGCACAGCACACAACCAUAGCGGUUCUAAUGAAUCCACCGAAAAAGAAGAGCAAAGUCAGCGGGUACAGGAGACAGGUUCUCAGAAGUCUGGAAAGAGCAGUGAGAGCUUUGGAAAAAAUAACAAGCCUAGGUUGGUGGGAUUAAGUCAGCCAUUCUUCGCACCCAGUAUGCCACCGACGGGCGCAGAAACACCGAGCCAUGAAAUUGAGGAGAUGGCGUCAAGAGCAGCUGCUGAAGAAGACGAUGGAGGGAUGAUACGUGUACUGGUUGCGGAAGACAACAAGGUGAACCAGGAAGUUGUGUUGAAAAUGCUCAAACUUGAAGAGAUUUAUGAUGUCACUAUUGCCAAGGAUGGUCGGGAAGCAGUUGAUCGGAUCAAAGAGGCCUUGAAUCAAGGCAGGAGCUUUCACCUGGUACUAAUGGACAUCCAAAUGCCCAAUCUCGACGGUAUCGAAUCCACCAAGAUCAUCCGCGACAUGGGCUACUCAGCACCCAUUGUGGCUCUCACCGCUUUCGCCGAAGAGAGCAAUGUGAAGGAUUGCCUGGACGCGGGAAUGAACUAUUUCCUCGCGAAGCCAAUUCGACGUCCGCAGUUAAAACACGUGUUGAAAACGUAUUGCUCAACGAUACGCGAGGAAGGACAAGGUGGGCCGAUGAGCGAUGUAUCCUCUGCAACUACGACAGGGGGGAUUGGCGGUGGCGGUGCGGGAGGCGCAAGUUUAGCCGGAAGCUCGACAAGAGGUAGUUCAGUAGGGAUGCCGACACCACCAAUGGGGAAAGGGGGUCCCUUGGCCGAAGAAAAUGAAGGGGAAUCAGUUGGGAAGGAUUAUAAAGGGAAAAGUGAAGUGCAGUCAUAG